AUGUACGACACUAGUCCGGCCACCGCUGUACAUGAGCGGCGGCGCCGGGCAUGGACGCUUGAAGUCCCCCAAGACGAUAAGUCUGGGGAACCGCAGCUUCAGUCCCACUACCACCUCCAGCAGCUGGGCGGGAUAGAGCCGGUGCUUAGCACAGGGCUUAAUCGCGCCAGAAGAACAUUGCCAACUCUCGAGUCUAACCACUUAACUGUCUACAAAGCCUGGCUCUGUUCCCAGUAUUUUGAAGUCACACAGUCUUACUGCAACAACACAAUUCCUUGCAAGCAAUACUGUUUGGAGGUUCAGACAAGGUGUCCAUUUAUAUUACCAGACAACGAUGAUGUCGUCUAUGGAGGACUAUCCAGUUUCAUCUGUACAGGGCUCUAUGACAACUAUCCAACCAAUGCAGAACCAGAAUGCUGUGAUGUCAGAUGGGGACUAUUAUCAGAUUACCAAUCCAAAGGGACUAUAAAAACAAGUGACUCCAUGAUGUGUCACCGGACAUCACUCACAGUUUCAUCAGCAUCAAGACUGUGUAAUAGCAGACUCAAACUGUGUGUUCUGGUAUUAAUUCUUCUACAUACAGUACUCACGGUCUCAGCAGCACAGAACUCAACAGACCUGGGCUUUGGAGGCAUAACAACUUUGGAAGAUAAUUCAACCAAUGAGGAGUAAAAGACUUGCUUCGUCUCCUUGCACAGUCACACAGCAGGACCACAUGUACUGCAGUCAGAUACAAACGACUGGGUCCUUUUGUCCUCCGCUCACUUCUCCAAAGGCCUUCUGGGUAAACCUCUCAACAAAUGGGCCACAAUCCAAACAAGAACACAUCAAACACAGCUUUUUAUUGACUAAAAGGCUGUCUGGUGACUUAAAUUUCUCACACCAUUUUAUACACUGUGUUUUAAUGUUUGGAGUUUCUUUUUUUGGUUUGUUUUUUGCACUUGUUAAUACAGGAUUUUAUUUUUUGGACAGUUUCUCAGAGCUAAACUAAGUCUUUUCACUGUCUUUAUCUAUUUCUAGUCAUUGUGUGUGUUCAUCCAAUAGUUCUGUCUUUUACGUCUUGUCAGUUUCUAUUAGAAGGAAGAACUGCUGUGGUUCCAUGAUGUACCUAACAAACAGAUGAAGAAAAAAAAAUCAAAACCAAAUCCAGUUCCCUAAAUGGCCCUCUAGUCCAAAAAAAAAAAAUCCCCACGGUUCUUCUCCCCGUCGUCCUUUUUCCUCCCGUGUCCCGAGAAGACAGAGCCCGCUUGCUUUCUGUCUGUGUAAUCACAAUGAAUGGGUGCCCAAUUCAGAUCAGCCUCUGCCACUGUUGUGCAAGUCACUUGACCGGAGUAAGCCCAGAAUGGGAAUGUGGGGGAGGGGGGUGUAGCAGGACAAAAAAACACGUGCUCUCCUUAUCAGGUGGGAUCGGACGGUGAACUUUUAAUGUAAAGAAACCUAUAACAAACUGUUGCUCUAAUUCCCAUUUUCAAAGAAGUCCAGUCCUUUCUCACUGGUCAGUUGAACAGGAGCAGCCUGGUGGAAAACCGACUAUAAAGAGCUCAUCUAGCGAAAUAGACAAGAGGCCUUUACAGUGGUGGUGAAAGUUUGGCAUUCAUUGUGAAUUACGAGUUCAAAUCCAAUACAGUCACCUAACUGGCUGACGUUAAUGCAACCUGUAGACGCAGAGAGGUUCAGAGAAAUAAAAUCUGACCCCCCCCCCAAAGAAACUAUAGAGAAACGCUUACAAGCAUAUGACUUAAAGCGGCUCCAUACUUGCAAAAUGCUGUGGAAAGUACUGACAUGCCCAACAAAAAACAAAUUAUGUUUGGCUUUCACUUGAGUAUCACAGGGCAUGUAAUUUAAUCUCCAGGGAACACCUUUUUGGUCGUUCCUGGGGCCCACGGGUUUUCCCAGAUGGGUGUACACUUAUGUUUCAAGAAGUGUAUACUGUCUUGUGGUUUGUGUGCUAGAGGGUCUCUGCCACAGAGCAUGCUUCUUCUUGUGCUUCUGUUUUCACAGGAUUAACGUUGUUCAAUGAAUCUGUGUUUAAACAAAAGUGUGAGUGCAAGAGGAAGUGUGCUCCAUAUUGAACUUGUUCAUGGGAUCCAAGUCUGUGUGAUGUGACACACGGGGCAUUUCCCAAGGGAAACACUAGUGUAAGGUUCACAUUACAUGAUUGACAUCUGAGUAGCCUUCAAAAUAAUGGGGGGGGGGGAUCGGCUAAAGAGCACGGUGCAGCAGCAGGAGAGUCUUCAGCCUGUGCUUCUUUCCAUCCCACAUAGUGGGAUAAACAGCCCCCCUUCCUGCCACUGGCAUUUUUUGCUGUCAGAAGUGGUGCAAGACGGAAGGGAGGGCAAGCUAAAGGUCAACCUGCUGCUAGACGAUGCUCCAAACUGAUUUGGGCACAUUCUCCCCCCCCCCCCCACACACACACACUGGUCCAUUCUGCACAGCACAAAUAAGAUGUCCUGAGAAUGGGGGGAAAGGCAUCAAGGGGAGAAACUCCACACAGCUUUUCCUCAAAAACAUCCUCAGGACGCCUUAUUUCUGCUUGAGCCGUCCUAUUUUAAAGGUGCAAAACUACCAAAUCCCCCCCCCCAAGUUGUCUGCAAGUCAUCUACUCUUGCUGUGCAGAACUUAGGAGCUGAGGAGAUGUCUCAUUUUUCCUGCCCAACUGUUA